ACUGAGGGAAUUUCCAUUUGCAGACGUGAUCAACGACAAAUAUUGUUGAGAGAAUGCAAUGUAUUGCUCUGUUUUUUGCUAAAAGUGCCAUUUUUUCCGCCAGUUUUGCACAAACAAAGGGACAUCAUUCAAUGUUGUGCAUGCAAGUUGGAUUUUGCUGAACUAGUUUCGUUGGGUGCUAAAAUGGGUUGGCACUGAGGGGUUGGAAUCAUGAGCGCGGUGGACAUACCCGGAUUAGACCAGGUCUUAAGCAUCCAUCUAAUCCACUCCGUUCCACGCCCAUCCGUUGUUUGCUGCCAUUGCAGCUCCUUUUGGUGUGUCUUGUGAUUGGAGCAGCCAUGGCGAUGGCGAGCAUGAGCAUGGCAAUGAGCCGGACGCCAUUGCAAGGAUUGCCUGCGCAACAGCCGUUCUUGCACAAGCGGGUUCGCUCUCCAGCCGUCAUUUCGUGCAGCUCAUCUAAGCCCAAAUGGAGCGAGCAAUGCGCCACUUCUAGCUCGGCUGGAGAGGCUGACAAGCUCAGGACUAGUGUUGGAGGCGUUCUUUUCCCAUUUUUUACUGUUGCCGCCCUGGUUGGAAGCACUCCAAUUCUGGAAGAUCUAGUUGCACCAUCUACAGCAAUUGCAGCUGACGUGAACACAACCAACCAGGACGCAUACAAAGAACUUCUUCAGAAAAUUAAGGAGAAAAGAGGUAGGCGGGGUUUUCAAGCUCCAGCCCCUGCUCCUGCCCCUGUCCCAGAUGCUCCUGCUCCUGCUCCGGAUGCAACUGUACAGGCAGAGCAGCCAAGAAUCUCAACAUCAGCAGCUAGGCUUGAAGGAGCAGCAGAGAGGGUUCGUCAAGAAAGAGAAACUGAAGCACUGAAAGCUGAGAAACGAGAAGCGGACAUGCGAGAAGCUGAGAGACGAGAAGCGGAUAGAAGAGAAGCGGAGAGACAAAUCGAGGCUCGCAGGGCACGUGAAGCAACUGCUGCUCAGGUAGCUGAGCGUGAGAAAGUUGCCGUGGAGAAGGUUACACGACAGCAAGGUAAUGUGCAAAGUGUAGUCGUCAAGAAGAAGACACACGGGUUUUUACCUCUUUUUAUUUCUCAAUUCUUCCUGCUCUUAGCCACGCUUGGUUUUGGAGCUGCACUACUCAUUCUGCCAGAAAAUCAACGAAAGGAAAUUCAAGAUAAAGUAGAUGAUUUUGUGGACAAAGCAAUUCCAGUUGCAGAGGAUGCAUAUGCCAAGGCAAAGCCUCUGGCAGAGCAGGCAUUUGUGAAAGUAAAAGAGGCCAGUGUAGUAGCGAAGCCAUAUGUUGAGAAAGCAUGGGAGCAGGCUAAGCCAAUGGCUGCGAAACAAAUUGAAGCUUCAAAGCCUAUGCUCCAGGCAGCACAAGUCAAGGUCAACGAGCUGUUGCAAGAAGCACAGAAGAAGGACGAGUAUAGGAACACAAUGGAAACGCUUUUUUACGUACUAGCGCCAUUGUGUGACGAUUCUGCGGCAUUUUGUUCAAGGUUUCAGAGCCUUCUUAGAUACUUGCUUGGUAUACAAAUCCCACACCAAAUGUAUCCAUAAGGUUGGUGUGCACACCAGUGUCGAUAGUAAUGGCUGGCGCCAUUUCGGCGUUGCGGAGGAUCCACUCCACCAAUCUUCAGCGGCCGCUGCCGCAGCACCUGGGUGCAAUGCCCCUGCAUGACCUUCAAAAUGCAGUACAUAAAGAUCUCAAUGAAAUAGAUUGAAUUUGUUUCGCGGAAAGAAUGACCGGAUAUUAACAGAACCAGAAGAAUUCACCCAAGUACAACAUCUCGAUCAAGGGCGACCGUAUUCAUGAGCGUUGUGGACAGAAAUGGCCACGGAUGCCUCCACGAGGCUCGUGUUGCAGUGAUCAAGACAUGGAAUGAGAGAACCGAAGACUUCCGCGUGCAGCGAAUGCAACGUUGUCUUCACGUAACACAUGCCCCCAAGCAGCACACACAUGACAACUUGCGCUGUCGCGACCGAAGAUCGGAGGUAAGGCAUUUCUCUUCGAGCAAUGUGCGUGUCAGGUGUGUCCUGUAAAGGAAUGUUGGUGGAUAGUUCAGCGGCUAAAAACUGUCCGUUUGGUAUGACCGAUUCGCCGACAAGCUUCACUAGUGUGCACAGCUGACGUGUGACUACACGCAAUCCGCCUGCGGCCUCUUGAGACACGUAGAACGAUAUCAUGAACGUCAGUCUGACGGAGACAACGUGGAAGUCGAGAUGAGAGUCUUCAAAGAACUAUAGAAAGCUGACUGUAGUACCCACCCCUAUUAUUGCGAAACAACCAACUGUUAUUGUGAUCCUCAUACACUAAUCAAGCAGUAAGUUGCAAGCAUGUUUAAAUGCA